UUUAAUCUCUGACCUGUUCACAACAAAGAAAGAUCAACGAGACAUAACCCAGCAAGAUUUUCAUAUAGAAAACACAAGACAAAAGAAAGAACCGAUGUGACUAUAUUAACUUUUGAGGCUGUAGCAAUUGGGGAGCCUACAUGAUGGAGUUCGACCACGUUUUACGGAUCAUCGGUGAAUUCGGGUCGUAUCAGAAACGAUUAUAUAUUCUUGUGAAUUUAGCCAUCAUUCCCGCUGCUUUUCAAAUGUUAAUGAAUAUCUUUAUUGCGAGGGAACCUCAGUGGAGUUGUUCUGGUUUAAACUCUACCCAGACUUGUCCCACAGAAGGACAGCCGUGUGAGACGAUACGCUAUACAUCUUCAUACACAUCCAUCGCUUCUGAGGUAAACUAUAAGUAAAUUCAAUUAAAUAUUUAGUCGUAGCAGUUCCACAAUUUGCUUUGCUGAAAGGUUUCUGUUGUCUAUACUAUAGUAACUUACAUAUUUUAUUGAAUAAUAUAAUUCAGUAAGAGUCAUAGAUACAGUAUAUAUAGGUUUGUGCCUUCAAUAUUGUCAUAAAAAGAUUAAAUACUUUCAAUAUUUGUUACGCGUCUGAGUGGAAUUAGGAAACAACAUUAGGACGUGCUAAUGUAUAUAUAUAUAUAAAUAUAUAUUAUAUUAAACUUUGCAUAAAUACGUUUUUAUUAAUUUGUGAUUUCAUAUCCUGCUGUGUUGCAUUUGAUAGAACUGGAAGACCCUUGUACGAUUUAAAAUCCAUAACCUUAAUACUCAGCUUAUCUCUUUAUGCUCAAUGUUCCCAAGAGUUCACUUAUUUAAAGGCCGAUUUACACUAGACAACUUUUACCUAAAACCGUCGCAUGCAACCUGCUUAUACAACUUGAGUUGUACUGUGUAAAUCAAGCACACAACAUUCACUUACGACAACGUUUUAGUAUCACAGUACAACUCAAAUCAGUUGUAAUCAGGUUGCAUGUGACAGUUUUAGGGAAAAGUUGUGUAGUGUAAAUCGGUCUCAAUCACGAUUCCUGCAAAUGCAGUCAGCUAUGAUAUAUUAUUAUAUAUCCUUGCUGAAUCUAUCUCCAUUUUCGUGGCGCAAAGAAAAUUAAAAUAAGGAAAGUUGGUAACACAUAUGCUAUAGAGUAUAUAUAUAUAUAUAUAUAUAUAUAUAUAUAUAUAUAUAUAUAUAUAUAUAUAUAUAUAUAUAUAUAUAUAUAUAUAUAUAUAUAUAUACAUUUACAAGUUCGCGUUAUAUUUUUUAAGCAAAUAUUCCACGUAUAUAUCUAACAUAAACAUUGUCAGUGCUAUUUAAGCCUGCAGACCCUCGUGUCAGACAAUGAAUGGUUUACAUAAAGACAUUUCAAUAAGAUUAGCAUAACAAAUUAGAUAUAGUUGUAUAAGACCCCAAUUACUGGAUUCGCUUGUCACGACAUCGAAUUUAACGGUUUCAGGAAUAUCUUAAUAACACUUAAAAUUGCGAUCAUGACAAAAUAAAACGAACACUGUUAUAAAAGGGGGGCAUUUUGUGAACAGACCGAUUACUCCCGAAACAGCAUACAGUAUGCAUGCUGAUGUCGUAAAAAGCGAAUCCGGUAACCGGUUCAACUGGUGCCUAAGUGUCUUUGUGAGAAUGACAGUCAACUUAUUGAAAGUUAUGAAAGCCUCAUUUGUGGUCUUUUCUAUAGCCUUUAAAUAAAAAACCAGUACUAUACAGUAUAUAGGAUAUCUGUUAGACUAAGUAUAGUUCUUUGCUAAACUUAAAAUCGCUUUAAAAGCGGUUCCAUCUUUUGGCUUCGUAUAUACGACUUGGAAAGCGAAAUAAUACAAUACUGAAGGCGUGAUUCCAUGACGACGGCAAAUUUCUUCGCUAUACGUCUGCGAAAUAUACGGAUGGUUGCACAUGAGCCAUUCUAUAUUCAAGUUUUCCACGUUUUUCCGCCUUCGCAGUGAGUAGAACUGACUUCUUCACUGGUAAAGCGAAUCCGUUUUUCUCGCGGAGCCUAAGUUAUCUUUACUGCACAUGCACCUAAUUUAUUCGCGCGACGUUUUUCGCAUUUUGCCGAAGAAAGCGCCCGUGCAUGGAAUCAGGCCUUAAGGAAGCUUCGAAUUGAUAGUUGUACAACUACCUUAAAAACAGAAGAAGAACUUUGAGCGAAGACCCUAAUUCCUCGGGCUACUUACUUCCAGACGAAGGACCUUCGCUCGAAACGUCGAAGUUCUCCUAGUGUCGGUUUUUCAGAAAUUCAGGUCGGGUAGUUGUAUCCAUAUCCAGGGACGCCGGAACGAUAAAAAAGCAAAGGGGGGGGGGGACGCACAUCAAAUGGCACCUUUAUAGGUCCCGGUGAAGAUAUAAACCUACAAUAAUGUGUUGACUUGCCAAUUGAAAGAAAACGCACUAAUCAGGUCACAUUCAAGAUCACACCUCAUGAUUUUUCCCAAAAAGCAUCACUGGAAAUGUGAUUUAUAAGGUAGUAUUUUACAACUCAAAGGGCACUUCUGCCCCCCCCCCUUGCCCCUCCUAGCAAAAGGCAAGAGGGGCAGCUGCUCCUCCUGCCCCCAGUUCCGGCGUCCCUGUCCAUAUCCAUCCGAAGCUUUCUUAUUAUUGGCACUACCUAUACACUGGAAGAGACCGUGUGCAAAAAAAUAGUUGAAAGGAAAACGGAAACACUUAAUUCAAUUCAUGCAGUUCAAAUAUUAACAGAAAGUCAUCAGAUACAGUAACAUGCAUGGGAGCAGCAUUCAUUCGACUGAUAUUUACCAUUCUCAUUCAUUUAUUUCAUUCAUUUUAUGUCUGAAAAAAGUUGGCGGAGUGUUAUAAUACGGGGCAAGUUCUCAAUUCAUUACACCUGUCUGCUGCCGUCUGUAUAUAUAGGUUUUACGUAAAUGCCAUAUUACACUAGGCAAUUUCUGCUGCCACUCAUGGCAACGUAAUUUCGGAUAAAGAGCCUAUAUCUAAGAAGAGACCGCAUGGAAAAUGUGAGAAUGGCCCGCAUGCUAUACAAACAUAGGUUAUUCACCGAUAAUAACCUCGCUUUCGGCGAAUAAUUGUUAGAUAAUUUCGUAAAUGUCUCUGUCUUUAACAAGAUCAAGGACUCUAAACCCAGUAUCUCAACUGAUCCCAAAAACCGAAGCUCUAUAGCCAAGGUAGAGUACGUCUGGAUGGGUACAUAGAGCGUUUGCACAUGAGGUCACAGCCCCCAUGUUUAUUAUAUUGGUGUUCCAAUUCAAAAUAAUUUUAAUUAAUUAAACUCUUUUGUCAGGAUUAACACCAACAUGGUCGCCAUGGGUUUUGUCGAGUUGGUCCCUGGGGAAUUAGUGCAAACGCUCUAUUGUAGUAAAUUAUUGCUACAUUAUGUUUAUGGGUGUAUGGGGUAAGGUCAAUAGAUAAAUAAUCCGUACUAAAUUAAAUUUUACUUAUUACUUUCAUUUAGUGGAACCUGAUAUGUGGAGAUGCUUACAAAGUGGAGUUGUCUCAGUCUAUAUUUAUGAUAGGGGCUCUAGUUGGCGGUCUGGUACUAGGAAUGUUUGCUGAUAAAUACGGCCGCAGACCAUCUUGGUGUAUAUCAUAUAUACUUAUGGUACUUGGUGGUGUAGCAACUGCAUUCUCGCCAUCUUUGAAUAUUCUCUAUAUUUCUCGUCUUGUGGCCGGUAUUGGCACGGGUGGGGCACUGCUCAGUGGAUUUGUGUUGGUCACUGAACUCAUAGGACCGUCAUACCGUGGCAUAACUGGAGCGUUAUCUUCGUGUUUUUUUACCUUCGGACAAAUGUUGCUGCCGGCUUUCGCAUACUUCCUUCAAGACUGGCGCAAACUUUCAUUCAUUUUGUCUUUAGUUGGUGUUAUUUUUACGUUCUUUAUAAGGUUAGUAAAACUCUGUUAUAUUAGUCUCCACACGGAGCCUCCCAUAGUCAUAGAAAGGUUAUACGACGCAAAUAGGAACACUUUUUAACAACGUGUCAUGGCAAGCUCACAUUGUCACAAGGUAGAAAGCUGUUUGGCACAAUGCUCGAAGUAGCUCAUUUCUCUAUAUCAUAAACAGCUAGUGCAUAGCACUGCAGUGAACGUGUUAGUCAAUCGCAAAAGUCCAAUAAACGAACCCACCCGACUAAGUAAGGGAAAAAUGCUGACCCUCAAUCUACAAUCAUAGACAAUUGACAACAUGCGGACGCUGAUUAAAAAUGGCUGAAGUUUAAGGCAAUCAAAUAAUUAUACGCAUAUUCAGCCGUAUUAUGGUCUCACACAGUCUCAAUAUGAUAGGUUACAAAGAGUUCUCAAUGCUGCAGCACGUGUGGUCUGUCUAAUCCCCAAAUUCGAUCAUAUUACUCCCGUUUUGAUUGGCCUUCAUUGGCUUCCUGUACGGUAUCGGGUGAUUUUCAAGAUUUUGUUGCUGGUGUACAAGGCUCUUCAUGCUAAUGCACCGCCUUAUAUCUCAGACCUUCUGACACCUAAGCAUAUUGGUUGCUACAGCCUGCGCUCGAAUGAGCAAUAUUUGCUAAUAGUUCCUAAGACAAUGAGGAAAACGUUUGGCGACAGAGCUUUUGCCAAGGCUGGUCCAUUUUUGUGGAAUGAACUUUCCGCUGACAUUCGUGAAGCGUCAACAGUGGAAACUUUUAAAAGCAGACUUAAGACCUUUCUUUUUAAAAAGGCAUUUUAUCUUUAA